AUGUCCAACCCAUUUGAUUUGUUAGGUAACGACGUCGAAGACCCAAACCAAGUCGUUGUUCCACCAAAGGAAAUUGUCAAGGCUACCACCUCUUCCAAGAAGAAGGAUGUCCCACCACCAUCUGCUAAUCCAGCUAGAGCUAACAAGAACAGAUCUAAGCCAACUGGUAACGAAGGUGCCAUCAGAAACAGGGACAACGGUAGAAGAUCUAACAAGUCCAGAGAAGUCUCUGCUUCUGCUACUUCCAAGAGAGACAACUCCAGAAGACAAACCGACCGUCACUCUAGAACCGGUAAGACUGACUCCGGUAAGAAGAUUAGACAAGGUUGGGGCGAUGACAAGAAGGAAUUGGAAGCUGAAGAAGCUGGUGAAGCUGAUGCUGAAGCUGAAAUCGAAGCCGAUGCUGAAGAAGCCACUAACGGUGUCAAACAAAUGUCCUUAGACGACUACUUAAAGUCCACUCAAGAUGCUUCUCACUUAAACAAGGUCGUCGAAAUUAAACCAGUCGAACAAAUCGAAGGUACUGAAUUAUUCGUCAAGGAAGAAGAAGAAUACGUUCCAGCUACCAAGGUCAAGACUUUGAAAUCUAAGCAAUUGAAGACCAAGAAAUUCUUAGAAUUCGAUGCUACCUUCCAAGAUACUCAAAGACCAAAGAGAUCCUUCGACAGAAAGAACAACCGUCGUGGUGGUAAGGGUCCAAGAAAGAACAACAAGAACACCAAUGGUUAUGCUGUUCAAAGAGACAACUCCAUCGACACCAGUAACUUACCAUCUUUAGCUUAA